CAAACACAACUACUUCUUCCCACCUUCUAAAACUCUUCUCAGUCUUUAAUUCUUCCCCUGCUCUUAAAUCACAAGUUCUAUCUUUUGAACAUAAAAAUCAUGGUUUUCCGAUUGCCUUCAGUCAACACUAAACAGCUACUAAAAUUACUCAGCAAAAGACAAGAAGUCCCAAAGGGCCAUGUUGCAGUAUAUGUAGGGGCUUAUGACCAGGAAAAGAAAAGAUAUGUGGUACCUGUAUCCCGCUUGAGCCAUCCAGCAUUCCAAGACUUGCUUAGCCGUGCUGAGGAAGAGUUUGGAUUUAAUCAUCCAAUGGGUGGUCUCACUAUUCCUUGUGACGAAGAAACCUUCAUCAGUGUCCUUAGAGGUCAAGUCAAAUCAUCAUGGAGCUGAUUAUUGGUUUUAUAUCCGUUUUCUUUUCGGAAUUUGCCUUGGACUCUUUGGCGACGAUUACUUAAAACCCAGAUUUUUCAUGUGUGCACAAACUCGGUUCCCACUUUUUUAAUGUGGAUGAGUUGCUAUAUUCAGUAGUUAGAAGUUAGAAAUUCAGAAUGACUUACAUCUGUAAUAAGUUGAUAUUCUGAUAAAAUCUUUUCAUUUUUUUCAUUUUUGUGCAAAUUAACAAGAACAAAUAUGGAGCUUGAACAAUUCCAACCUCAGAAAGCUAAGAGCAGAACUGAUUUGAAAAAACAAUUAAAUUAGGUUCUCAACACAAAAAUUGCAACACAAGAAUAAAGAUUUACGAUAAAAUUAAGUACCUUA